AUGUCUCAGUCAGUCACAGGCAAAACAGCCAUCGUCACUGGUGCUGGCAGCGGCAUCAACCUAGCAUUUGCCUCUUCUUUGCUUGCCAAAGGUUGCAAUGUUGUUUUAGCUGAUCUGGCCCUAAGACCAGAGGCUCAGAAACUGCUCAAAGAGCAUCAAAAGGAUACCAAGCCAGACUCCCAUGGCAUCGCUGUCUUCCAGGAGACAGAUGUUCGAGAUUGGCUUCAACUUGAGCGCAUGUUCACAACAGCUCAGCAACAUUUCGAUCGCAUUGACAUUGUCUGUCCUGGUGCUGGCGUGUACGAACCUCCUUUCAGCAACUUUUGGCACCCCCCUGGGACUUCAGCAAGUCGCGAUACCGUCGAUGGCGGACGAUAUGCCCUCCUUGACAUCAACCUGGUCCAUCCUAUCCGCUCUUCUCAGCUCGCCAUUUCCCACUUUCUCGGCACCAAAGACAGAGGUAAUAAGACCAUCAUCCUGAUCUCAAGCACGAGCGCCCAGGACACAAGUAUCGCGACCCCCCUCUACGAUGCCUCGAAACAUGCCAUCAGCGGCUUUGUUCGCUCCUUGAGCAACAUCAGCUCAGCCAAUGUCCGUACUGCUGCUGUUGCGCCUGGCAUCAUCAAAACUCCUCUAUACACUGACAACCCCGAGAAGAUGGCCAUGAUUGACGGUUUGCAGGAUGUCUGGGUUGAGCCUGAGGAAGUUGCUGAAGUUAUGGUUGCUUUGAUCGAAAGGGACACCAUGAGCGAGACGAUUGGAUAUUACCCCGACAAUGGAGAUAUACAGAUCAACAGUGGCACUAUUCUUGAAGUUACCAAGGGGCGGGCGAGACCUGUACAUCCUUAUCAUGACCCAGGCCCGUCUGGACCUGGUGCUUUGGCUUCGAACAUGGCUGCAUCUGAGAAUGCUGCCUUGGCAAUGUUGAAGCCUGGAUGGGGUGGGCCAGAGAGCGCCAGUGCGAAGUAG